GGUGCAGCAGCCGUGUGUUCCCAUCACGGAGAGAGAGAGAGAGAGAGAGAGAGAGAGAGGGAGGGGCGGAACGGGAAACAAGCUUUUCCAUCCAGCAUCUUCACCGACCAGCAGCGAACUCGAGCGGGAACAAAGUCCACUCAGACUGUCCUCCGGUGUCCAGAGUUCCCCCUUCUCCUCCUCCUCCUCCUCAUCAAAAUGUCCGUGGGCAGUGACUUUGGGAAUCCUUUAAGAAAAUUCAAACUCGUUUUUCUGGGGGAGCAAAGUGUUGGAAAGACGUCUCUGAUCACACGGUUCAUGUAUGACAGCUUUGACAACACAUAUCAGGCCACAAUUGGAAUUGACUUCCUGUCUAAAACCAUGUACCUGGAAGAUCGAACGGUGAGGUUGCAGCUCUGGGACACUGCUGGACAGGAGCGCUUCAGGAGCCUCAUUCCCAGUUAUAUACGGGACUCCACUGUGGCUGUGGUGGUCUACGACAUUACAAACGUUAACUCAUUCCAGCAGACGUCAAAAUGGAUUGACGACGUGAGAACAGAGAGGGGAAGUGAUGUCAUCAUCAUGCUCGUCGGCAACAAAACAGACCUGGCAGAUAAGAGGCAAAUCACAAUCGAGGAAGGUGAACAGAGGGCUAAGGAGCUGAGUGUCAUGUUCAUCGAGACGAGUGCCAAGACAGGUUACAACGUCAAACAGCUGUUUCGGCGUGUGGCAGCUGCUCUUCCAGGGAUGGAAAGUAUGCAGGAAACAAGCAAAGAAGGGAUGAUCGACAUCAAGUUGGACAAACCGCAGGAGCCCCAGACCACUGAAGGAGGCUGCUCUUGUUAAUACUCAGCACCUGGAGAAAAACACACACACACAUCAUUUACACCACAUGCUUGUUAUGUUGCUUCCUAUUGGUUAACCUGCAGUUGACUUUGCACGUUGAGAAUCUGGCGUCCUCACCUGACCACUGGUCAUCAGUUGGAACUAGCAAUAUGUGAAUUUGGUUCUAAAGUAGUGUAGCCUACUUUGUUAAUGAAACUGCCAAAACAGUCUUACAAAAAAAAAAAAAAAAAGACAGAUGUGAUAAAAGAUCCCCAGGUUGCAUCUUGUGUGUGUAUACAGUUUUUUAAGUGGAAAAGCAAGUUUCCCCUUUUUUCUUUUUUGUAUUUUUGUAUAUUCAGGAAAAUCUCUCUGGAAAGUUUUUUUUUUAAGAUGAAAAUAACAAAGCUCUUAAUGAGAGAGCUGGAGAAGAACAGGUGGUUUUAGACGUGUUCUUAUGGAUGUCACUGCUGUUAUAGGCAAAGAUGGAGGUCCUGCCUGCAUUAUUACCCACAGGUUAACCACACCACCCUCAUACCUAACCCCUUCCUUCUGUAACCAUCUGAAGGCUUAUUCCCUAAACAUUACCAUUUUUAAUCUUCUUCCUAAGCCCCGCCUUGUGGUUCAGUGGACCAAUCACAGCGCCAAUAACCCCAGUGUGAUCCAUAAUUUUGCGUUCUGUACGUUACGGGACAAACUGAACAGUAACAUCUUGAGUAUCUAAUGCAUGCCUAGUUUUUGAGCAUAGGUACCGUCUACCAGUGUACACACGUUUGAAUAUGUAAAUGGAAACAUUACACCAGUGACUUAAUGCACUCUGAUCAUGAUCUAGUCCAAGUCUUUUUGUUUAUGGAAACUGAUGAACUGGAUUUGUAUACUUGACUUCAGAAAAUCUUUUUUGUCGUGUGUGUGUGUGCGUGCGCGUGUGUGUGAAUGUGGAGUGUGUGUGUGUGUGUGUGUGUGUGCUUUCUGUAUAGGCAACAUUAGAAUGCAGAUAUGUAGAGGGCCACUGCCAAGCCGUGUCAUUCUCAUCACAUGUAGGUCACCGUUCGUUAGCAGGAUGUCAUAGACUCCCCCACUCACAACAGUAGCGUGGUAUCUUGGUAGUUGUGAUUAUGAUCGUCUGCACAUGUAAGCGAGCCGUGGAGAAUCAAAGCCGUUGCCUUGUGUCGCAGAGGAACGUAAAGACGAAGUUCCCUGUGUGGUGAUCUGUAGACUUUAAUGCAGGUUCUGUGAUCAGACCUUCAAACAUUGUAAACCGGAUUCAUUCCUGUCAAAAGACUAAUUUGCACAUGUAGAUCUUUCAGGUUAAAAUGAAGUUCUGAAAAGCUUCAUUACAAAUGUACAGUCACUUAAUUUAAGACCUGUCUGAUUGUAGAAGCUGUCACACACGUCCCCACUGAGAUGAGCUUUUCUUUGCUGCUUGUGUUUAAACUGACUACUGAUGUUAGCGUUAUGCAAUGUUUCCUUUUUUUCUUUCUUUCUUUCUUUCUUUCUUUCUUUUUUUUUUUUUUUUAACUGAGCCUGGUAUCAUAACGUACUGGUGGUGGUGAUUCAGCCAGUGUUGAGAACACUACUUUGAUUUGACUUGUCUUUGAAGUGAAAUCUUGCUGCACUUUUUAAGAACAUGUUUUAGAAUUAGAAUGACAACGUAAGUCUUAGAAACAUGGUUAAAAAAAAAAAAAUCUUUAUCUCCAGAAACUUUGGGGUGCUGUGUCUUAGAGUAGAAGAAAAUGUUUCUGAAUUGUUCACACG